UGUUUGAUUCUGGAUCGAACGACACACCCACUCUGUCGCCACAACCUUCAUUCCACAUUCGUCUUUCUGUUUACAAGUUGGAUUCCAUUAAGUGAAUUCCAAAACAGAAAUGAUGGGGCAGAUGGCACAUGCAAGGAGGACGGCUAGUAGGGGCGAGGAUAGAACAUGACUUUGUCAAAAGUCUCCCGCCAAAGUGGGACUGAAGAUUCUCUGUACCGGUGUAUGCUCCAUGGCCAGCGGUGGUAAAAACGCUACAGCAAAGGCAAGAUUCCACUCUUAUCACUGAUGUUGACCUGCUGGGGUAGUAUUCCGCCAUCCAAUGACAUGUCCGGGAUCAAAAUUCCUGUGGACGCUGAGACAUCGACGCUCAUCAAGGGAUUUCGAAGUUCUGUUGUGCAGUGUCAAGCAGUGCUUCGGUUCUCAGAAAACCAAAUGAUCGGCGAGUCUGACCUCAUGCAGACUCUGACUUGGACAUCCCCAGGAAGGUCCGUUGAGUGCCAAAGGUCUCUACUUUCAUCACUAUCAUUCCCUGCCCUAUUCCGUCCUCUCCUUUAUGUUGCACGCCGUCCUCUUGAGGGCAUUCUGCGAUGGAUUGCACAAGGUCUUUACAGUGAUGGAGGAAGGUUGUUCAUUACGUUUGUUUGGCAUUGCCAAAGACGUACUAAAUCUAGAAAAGGAGGGAAAGAACUGAUUGGACGAAGAGCAGGACAUUGCGACCGGGAUGGCCGGGUUGCGAAGAAGGUAAGAAGUGUCCAGUUGGACUUUCAACGGACAUGUGGCACAAGGAGACAGAUACGGAGACCGCAGAGUGGUACACAUCAAUGCAGGCUUAGGGGAAUAGUAUGGUGAUGAUGUCGAAGGCAAUGUAGAUGAAGGAAGCACGUAUUUGGUCCGAAAUAAUAUCGUCGAGCGCUUAAUCAGUAGAAGACUCCCCUCCUGACUUGAAUCUACAUCGAACGAAACGCCCAUUUCAUCGCAGCUUUCGUGUUGCAUUCGUCUUUCCGUCUACACGUCAAGUACUACAUGUGGAUUCAGAGUAAGUGAUAGUUUCAUAUGGUAUUUGAUGGUAAGAGCUUGAAGUUAUGACGUACUCAUCAAGUGAAUCCCGAAACCA